GUUCACGUAUUUGUACCCACAUGCGCGUUCGCACAGCUCAGUCAACAUUUGACUCACUAGUGACAGGGGUUCUAGGAUUUCCACUUCUCAGUUACUCCCGCUACUGAAACUAAGUGCAUUCCCUCAGCAAAAAUGUCAAAGUUGGAUCAGGUCCUUGUCCUUGACCCUCCUUCCGACCUCAGAUUUAAAGGUCCUUUCACAGAUGUAGUCACCACCAACCUCAAACUGAAGAACCCUUCUGACAGAAGUGUGUGUUUCAAAGUGAAGACGACGGCACCGCGCAGGUACUGUGUACGGCCAAACAGCGGUGUCAUUGAUCCUGGAGCGGCCGUCAACAUCUCGGUCAUGCUGCAGCCCUUUGACUAUGACCCCAAUGAGAAAAGUAAACACAAAUUCAUGGUGCAGACAAUUUUUGCUCCGCCACAUGUUUCUGACAUGGAUGCAUUGUGGAAAGAUGCAAAACCUGAUGAUCUCAUGGAUUCCAAGCUGAGAUGCGUCUUUGAGCUGCCUUCUGAAAACGAUAAAGUGAAUGACGUGGAGGCGACCAAAGCAGCCCCAGUGAUGAACUCUGUGAAGGGCGACCUAACGGCAGCUGCGGCGCCAGAUGAUACAGAGAUGAAGAAAGUGCAGGAGAAAUGCAAGAGGCUGCAAGCUGAGAUGAACAAGCUGGUUGAGGAGAACCGGCAAUUAAAGGAGGAUGGUGUUAGAAUGAGAAAGGUGCCUGGCUCAGACCACAUGACAUCAAACUCCAGUAGCCUCCUCGGACGGGAAGCGACCACUGCCUCCCUGCCCUCCCUCCUCGUUGUCAUAGCAGCCAUCUUCAUUGGAUUCUUCCUAGGGAAGUUCAUCUUGUAGACUGGGAGAUGCAUGCCGGCCGUAUUCCCCGCCCCGGCUUCGGAAUCAGACAGGCCUGGAAGAAUCGAGAAGUCUUUCUGUUGACUUUGCCAUAUCAUUGGUAGUGUGGCCUACAGUGAACACAUCCGUACAGCAUAAUUGGAAGGCGUCGCCUUUUUUUUACAGUCUCACACGGUUAGUACACACAGAGUUG